UACUCUCAGAGUUGUCGCCCUUAGUUAAAAGGUCUUUUUGGACUUGGCAAAAAUUUUGUGUAAAUUCAGAAAUGGCACAGCUUCUUAGCGGAAAAGACGUAUCAGAAGAUAUAAGACAGAAAAUAAAGAAUGAAGUUGAACAUCUACAAAAGAGAUACCCAGCAUUUAAACCUGGAUUAGCCAUUGUUCAGGUUGGCGGAAGAGAGGACUCCAAUGUAUAUAUAGGUCAGAAGGUGAAGAAUGCAGCUUUGGUUGGUGUAGAUGCCAGACAUGUCAAGUUACCUAACACCUCUACUCAGCAGGAGAUAUUACAUGCUGUACAGAAGUUGAACGAUGACCCUACUGUACAUGGAAUUAUCGUCCAGUUGCCAUUGGAUACCACAAGCGAAGUUGACACACAUUUAGUCACAAAUGCCAUCAGACCAGAAAAAGACGUAGAUGGGUUGCACCAGGAGAAUGCUGGAAAGUUGGCACGAGGUGACCUUGCUGAUUGUAUUAUACCAUGUACCCCUCGAGGAUGUCUGGAACUCAUCAGAAGAUCAGGAGUGGAUAUAGCCGGUAAAACAGCCGUGGUUCUGGGUAGAAGUAAGAUAGUUGGAGCCCCGAUGUCAAACCUACUGACCUGGAACCAUGCUACAGUCACUGUGUGUCACUCCAAGACAGUCAAUCUACCUGAUGUUGUUCGUACUGCAGAUAUACUAGUUGUAGCUAUUGGUAAAUCACAGAUGGUUAAAAAGGACUGGGUUAAACCAGGAGCUAUAGUCAUAGACUGUGGCAUAAACAGCAUCCCAGAAUCUGAUUAUAUUGAAGAAACAGAUGAAGAUGCAACAAAGAAAACAGGGAAACGUUUGGUUGGUGAUGUUGACUUUGAGGAGGUGAAGACGGUGGCAUCCUGGAUUACACCAGUACCUGGUGGUGUCGGACCAAUGACAGUGGCAAUGUUGCUACAGAACACUGUGGAACAGGCAAAACGUUCUCUAAAUACAGUACUGGAGUCUAGUACAUGGAGGUUGACACCACUAGAACUUAAGUUGAAGUCACCAGUUCCCAGUGAUAUUGACAUCGCACAGGCUCAGACCCCUAAAUAUAUCAAUAAACUGGCAGAGGAAGUUAAUCUCCUGCCCGUGGAGGUAGAUUUGUAUGGAAAGAAGAAAGCUAAAGUUUCGCUCAGUGUGCUUGAUAGAUUAGCUGCACAGCCUGAUGGCAAAUAUGUGGUAGUUACAGGGAUCACACCAACUCCACUAGGUGAGGGAAAGAGUACAACAACAAUAGGUCUCACACAAGCUAUUGGGGCACAUCUUAAGAGGAAUGUGUUUGCGUGUGUUAGACAACCAUCACAAGGGCCGACAUUUGGUAUCAAAGGUGGCGCUGCAGGGGGAGGUUACUCUCAAGUGAUACCUAUGGAGGAGUUUAACCUUCACCUGACGGGAGAUAUCCAUGCUAUCACAGCAGCCAAUAACUUGUUAGCGGCCCAGAUUGAUGCCCGCAUGUUUCAUGAAGCCACCCAGACAGAUGAGGCUCUCUACAAGAGACUUGUACCAGAGUCCAAAGGAAAAAGAGCUUUCUCAAAAAUACAGUUCAGAAGAUUAAAGAAACUUGGCAUUGAGAAAACAGAUCCAAACUCACUGACACCAGAAGAAGUAACAAAAUUUGUGAGACUGGACUUCGAUCCUGCUACCAUUACAUGGCAACGAGUGAUGGACACAAAUGAUAGAUUUCUGAGAAGUAUUACAAUAGGCCAGGGACCAAAUGAGAAAGGAAAAACUAGACAGUGUCAGUUUGAUAUCACAGUUGCCAGUGAAAUUAUGGCUAUCCUUGCCUUGACAACCAGUCUACAGGAUAUGAGGGAGAGAUUGGGCAAUAUGGUGGUUGCUAGUAGUAAAGCUGGUGUCCCUAUCACAGCUGAUGAUCUGGGAGUGAGUGGUGCAUUGACAGUAUUAAUGAAAGAUGCUAUUAGACCCAAUCUGAUGCAGACACUUGAGGGUACCCCUGUGUUUGUACAUGCCGGACCUUUUGCCAACAUCGCACAUGGAAACUCUUCAAUCCUUGCUGACAAAAUUGCUCUGAAACUUGUAGGAGAGAAUGGAUUUGUUGUGACUGAGGCAGGGUUUGGAGCUGAUAUUGGUAUGGAAAAAUUCUUCGACAUAAAAUGUCGUUACUCUGGUCUUGUACCCAAUGCUGUUGUCCUAGUGGCCACAAUAAGGGCUCUGAAGAUGCAUGGAGGAGGACCAACUGUGGUGGCAGGAGUGCCCCUACCUAAGGAAUAUAUAGAAGAGAACUUGGAAUUGUUGGAGAAAGGAUUUUCCAAUCUACAGAAGCAGACAGAAAAUGCCAACAAGUUUGGAGUACCUGUUGUUGUUGCAAUUAAUGGAUUUGCAACUGACACCCAAGCAGAGAAGGAAUUGAUUCAGAAGUUGGCACGUGAAAAUGGAGCAUUUGAUGCUGUAAUCUGUAACCACUGGGCAGAGGGUGGAAAGGGAGCUACUGACCUUGCCAAGGCUGUAGAUAAAGCUUGUCAGCAGAAGAGCAACUUUAAGUUUCUGUAUGAUGUGUCUUUACCUAUAGAGGAGAAGAUCGCAGUUAUUGCACGUGAGAUUUAUGGAGCAGAUGGCAUUGAUAUUAAACCUGAGGCUCAGGAACAGAUUGACAGAUACAGGAAACAGGGAUUCAAUGACUUACCAAUAUGUAUGGCAAAGACCCACUUGUCGUUAUCUCAUGACCCAACAUUGAAGGGACGACCAACAGGUUUUACUGUACCCAUCAGAGAGGCCAGGGCUAGCAUCGGAGCAGGUUUUAUCUACCCAUUAGUUGGAACAAUGAGUACAAUGCCGGGACUUCCGACACGACCUUGUUUCUAUGACAUUGACAUUGAUCCUGACACGGAGGAAAUUGUUGGCCUGUCUUAAGAAUUUAAACAACAGUUACCAUGACAACAUAGUAAUGGAUUGAGAAAAAAAUUAAUCGACAAACCAGCGUUUAAUUUGUUCUUUGACUUUAAAUUCAGAUAUUAAGAGAAUUAUUGAAAAGCAUGGUCACAAAUUAAAAUUGUUAUAUGAAAACUUAUUUAUAUAAACAUCAGUAUUGUGGAUAACCUGAACUACAUGUAAAUUUUAUAUAUGUAUCAUUUAUAAAUUUAAGAGAUGAUUAUGUUAUUGGAUAUACAAUGUAUGUCAAUGAUGUAAGCGACACUUAAGUAAUUUUAUGAACAUUACAGAUAUGUUUCCAUUGAUGUUAUGAUAAUUGCUUGAUUUCUAUAUUGUCAUUAAUUAUUUGCCAGUUUCUUUGUUAAAAGUUAUUAGUAACGUUUUGUAUGUACAGGUAUUUGUAUGUAUAAAUUUGGUGCAUUUGUGAUACAAUACUUUAUGUAUAUAUGACAUGGUUGUGGAAAUUGCCUAUAUCCAUGAUAUAUUUGGAAGAAAAAAAGAAAAAUUUAAUCAUUAAUAUAUUUGUAUUAUAUUUGUGCCAUUUAUUGAUUCAUAUAAUGCCAACAUUAGCAGUUAUUCUAACCCUUUAUUCUAUCUAAAUAUAAUAAAUGGACUUGUCCAGCUUUCAACCUUGGCAACACUUUUCAUAUGUUUAGAGAAAUUUUCAAAAUAUGUACUUACUGAAAAGUGAAUAGUGCAAACCAUGAUCAGACAGUGUGGAUGUGCCGGCUGGGUAUAUUCAAUUGCCAUGUGCAAGCAAAAGGUUCAAAACCCUUUUAUGACUGACAGAGUUUAUUUAGGACUUUCACAAGCAUGGAGUUCCACCAGCCAGCACAUCUGUGCAUUCUGACUAGAUUUUGCUUUUGGGAUUUUCAAUGUUAGCAUUUUUUUGUUAAAAUUCCUUAAAAUAAAAACAGCAUUUUCAAGUUGAAAGCAGACUAAAUCCAUUUUACAAAUUAAGCAAUGCAAGGAUUUAUCUUAAAUUUUAUAUAAGGGUACAACUCAACACUUUUGUUGUAACUAGGUGAAUUUUAUGCAUGAUUGCAAUAACCUUCUAUGUUUAUAUAUAAAAGAAAUGAAAUAAUCUCUAAAACAUAAUGUAUCAAUAGUUAGGUAAGGUAUAUAUUUUCUAUGUUAUUUUUAGCUCGACUAUUCGAUAAGAAUAAGUAGAGCUAUUGCAGUCACCCGAGCGUCGGCGUCGGCGUAACCACUUAUGUUAAAGUUUUUGUAAUAGUUCAAAUAUUUUCAAAGUCCAUAGACAUAUGGCUUUGAAACUUUGCACACUUGUUCACCAUCAUGACCCCAACCUGUAGACAGGAGGAGGUAACUCUA